AUGGUUGAUUUAGGCAAGUUAGCAAGUACUUCACCGCCUGCACGUCAUCAGCUCUUUUUGCACAAUUAUCUGCAGGUACCACAAUCUCAUACAUUACAAUCACCUCGAUCCAAUUCCUCAGUUGCCAGUAUGCAGUCGGAUUUAGAGUCGUGUUUGGGUGAUACACAAUUUCCAAACGAUCUUAUUGAUGGAAAAGUUAUCGCUUUCACUUCCACAAGUCGUACUUCAUCUUAG